AUUUCCAUCUCCAUCUCCAUAUCCAAUUUGAAUUUCUCUUUCCUUUCAAUCCCUAUCCUUUUGAAGCCAUCCUUGAAAAUGCCAACUCAUUCCAAUACAGAGAGGAGGCUGUACUACACCAAAUACCCCAAUCUUUCCCUUCAUCUCCUUCCAUUUUUAAUUUCCCUUUUAAUUUGCUCCUUUUGUAAUUACACCACGAGGAGAAUAAGAGGAGAAGGCACAAUGAGUUGGACCAAAACCAGAGUGUCAUUACUACUGGUACCAGUAGUAGCAAUAGCAGUACAGCUCUUUGUAAACACAUCCCUCCCCUGCCGCUGCAGGCGCUGCUGCUUCUCCCCCUCGCUGCAGCAGCAGCAGCCAGGAGCCGGCUCCUCCUCUCCUCCCUCCGUUUCUCCCAAAAUCCCAACAAAUUUAGCGGAAAAAAACCAUUUUUUCUGUCGUCUGUUCGUCUGCGACUGGUGGUGUUCUUCUCCGGCGGCGCCUGGGAUCGCUGCUGCUUCGUCUCCCUCUCCCUCUACCGCGGCGAAGAGGGGAGGGGGACUCAUGAAGAGGCUAGUUGUCCUGGCAUUGGUGCUGGCCGCCGCUCUCGGCUUGGUCCGCGGCGAUCCGCGGCGGCUGCGGGACCAGGCGCCGCCGGGGUCGCGGCCGCACAGCGUCACCAUCACCGAGUUCGGUGCCGUCGGCGACGGCAAGACCCUGAACACGGUGCCCUUUCAGAACGCCGUCUUCUAUGCCCGCUCCUUCGCCGACAAGGGCGGCGCGCAGCUGUACGUGCCCAAGGGCCGGUGGCUCACCGGCAGCUUCAACCUCACCAGCCACCUCACCCUCUACCUGGAGAAAGGCGCUGUCAUCAUAGGCGCAAAGGAUUCAUCACAAUGGCCGAUUGUGGAACCUUUGCCAUCUUAUGGCCAAGGACUAGACCUUCCCGGUCCUAGACAUUGCAGCUUAAUAAAUGGAUACAAUUUAACUGAUGUUGUUAUAACCGGGAACAAUGGAGUUAUUGAUGGCCAGGGCUCUAUGUGGUGGGAGUGGCUUCGCUCCCAUGAGUUGAACCAUAGUCGCCCUCAUCUUGUAGAGUUUCUGUAUUCUGAAGAAAUCGUGAUAUCAAACUUGACAUUCUUGAAUUCGCCAGCCUGGAGCAUACAUCCAGUGUACUGCAGCAACGUAAAGGUCCACAAUGUGACGAUUGAGACCUCACUGGAUGCUCCACUCACUGAUGGCAUAGUUCCAGAUUCAUGUUCAAAUGUGUGCAUUGAAGACAGCGCAAUUAGUGUCAGUCAUGAAGCCAUCUCACUGAAAAGCGGGUGGGACAAGUAUGGCAUUUCCUUCGGAAGGCCAACGUCGGACAUUCAUAUCAGCAGAGUGGAUCUGCAAUCAUCUUCUGGAGCUGCUCUUGCAUUUGGCAGCGAAAUGUCUGGUGGGAUAUCAGAUAUUCAUGCUAACCAUCUACGCAUCCAUGAUUCCUAUAAGGGCAUCUCCUUUAAGACCUCGCUGGGCCGUGGAGGUUACAUAGAGGAAGUGGUCAUCUCCGAUGUACAAAUGGAUGAUGUCCAUGUCGGCAUUGAGGUCACUGGUAACUGUUCAAGCCACCCAGAUGACCAGUUUGAUCCAUCUGAGCUCCCGGUGAUCAACCAAAUCACCCUUAAGAACAUUGUCGGCACAAAUAUCUCUGUUGCUGGAGUUUUGUCAGGAAUUGAUAGCGACCCGUUUACUGCUAUCUGCCUUUCCAAUCUCAAUUUCUCAAUGGCUGAUUCGGCUCCUUCAGGUUCCUGGUCUUGUUCCAACAUUUCUGGAUACUCUGAAACAGUCUUUCCUGAACCUUGCUCAGAACUCCGUAAUACAUCCUCGAGUUCUUGCUUCUCCCUUUCUACUUACAGUGCCCUUGCAGUAGCAUAAUCACAUAUAGAGUACCCUGUUCAUCCUUUCCCAUUUCUUGUUCCAGACCUUGUACAAUCCAGUGACAUCGAACCUCCAUCACCAUCCUUUCGCAAUUCUUUCCCAAUAAAUGCAUCAAAACAGAACCAUAUCACUCCCCUCUUAUGGCGCCGUGAGGCUCAGAUUAUAAGCUGAAUGAUGAUCUCGAGGAUGAAGAAUCAAGUGGGCUUGUGGACAGCUAGGUGCUUGCUUGUACAGCUACAUUUCUUUAUUCAAUCUGUAAGAAGAAAUUUUUUUGGUAGGUGUUGAGUGCAGAACAGUUGCUUCAUACUAUGUCAUUUGGUUAUAAAUUAUCACAUCAUGAUUAAAUUUAUCUGUGUAUAUUCCAUCUCCCCUUUGAACGUCA